GAUGUUGGCAUCGAUGUUCAAAAGUUUGGCUUAUCGAUGUUUUUCCAUCACUUCGCUACUGCGAACUUGGAACUGAGCUUUUUUAUUUAAAUCAUAUUUUGCAGUGGAAUAGAAAAUCGCGACUAAUUUCGACGGCGGAGAAAUUGCCAAAAGUUGACAAACAAACACGUUUUUGAGCCCACCACUUGGCAAAGAGAAAGUUCUAGGACGCGUACAAAUCACAUGGGUCUUUAAGUUAUAAAAAAUAAAACGAGUGUUUUGCAGCAGUUAAAAGUAAAACCAGAGAAAGAAAGUUAAACAUAAACAAAUAAGGAGCUGCAAAAAGAAAAAGUGAACGGUAAACAAUAACCCAUCAUUCACCAUUGUGUGUGCAGCAAAGAAGAGGAAGCAGCGAAGAGAAAAAAAAGAAGAUCAAGCAACAACAAAAACAAGAAGAACAUUUACUGCGCCGCAGCUUUUUACCGUUGUAGUCGGCUUUCAUCAUCCAAAAAAAAUUUGAGAACGAACCCGAGGACAGCCAUCAAUUAAAAGCAAAGAGCAUUGGAAAAACGGGGAAAGGCGGUGCAAACUGCGAAUUUUCUGUUUUUGCGCAGAUUUCGGAACGAAGAGGAGGCCGGAAGGCGGGGCAAGGCGACGUCAUUGAACGCUGAGAUCCCGGACGACGCAGCCAUAGAGCUGUUGUCCGGGACGGAGAACAACAGCAGCAGCGGAGGAGGAGGAGGAGUGGCGGGCGGAGAACGCACUACGGGAUUCAAAAGACAUCCACACACCCAUUCUCAUAGAUUGCAACCUCUUGAAGCAACACAAUGAUCUCAAAUAAGAAAUCGUACGCUAUGAAAAUGCUGCAACUGGCUUUGGCCUUGAGUCUGCUGCAUUACAAUCCGGAUUACCUGCUCCAUCGCUGGGACUCGCAGCUGGAACUCGGCACCCAUGGCGAUGGCUGGGAGCUGGAGAUGCUGCGCACGGUCCACCGUCUGGAUAUGGAUCAAAACCCGUAUGGAAAUCGAAAAGGACUGAGUCCCAGGAUAGAGGAUCUGUUGAAUUUCGACGAUCCCUCCUGGGGCGGAGUGGGCAACGGAGUGGGGGAGUACAAGCUACCUACGAGAUUCAAUGGCAGCACCUUCGUAAUGAAUCUCCACAACACCACCGGUAAUAGCAGUGUCCAGACAGCAGCCCUGCAGGAUGUGCAGAGCAAUAGUGCUGGAGCCACUGCAAGUUCGUUGGUGGUUGCUAACGGGGGUGCGCCCACGUCCGGUGGCCCAACUAGUGGCUCUGCACUUAGUGAAAUUCACAUUGACACCGCGUCCUUGGCCACCGGAAACGCGAACCAUUCGUUGCUGCACCCGGCCCCCGAAAUGGACAUGUUCCUCUCACCCCAUAUGCUGCAGGAUCAGCGCUCCAUUUGGGAACAGAAUCUAGCCGAUCUGCACGACUACAAUGAUUUGAAUCUGCCGGCCAGUCCAUAUGCAAAUCUACCUCUUAAAGAUGGCCAGCAACAACCGCCUAAUAGCUCGCAUCUGGAUCUCAGCUUGGCGGCGCUUCUUCAUGGAUUCACCGGCGGCAGUGCCACGCCCCUAAGCAACGCCGCCCUCAACGAUAGCACCCCACAUCCCAGAAAUUUGGGCAGCAUUACGAACAACUCGGAAGGGCGGAAUGAUGAUGGCGACGAGAGCCUGUAUUUGGGUCGACUGUUUGGCCAGGACGAGGACGACGAGUAUGAGGGCGAGAUGGCCGGAGGAGUGGCCAGUGCCUGCGAAGUGGAGGGUCUGACCACUGACGAGCCCUUUGGCAGUGCUACUUUUGCUAACGAGGUGGAAAUCGGAGAAGACGAGGAGGAGAGUGAGAUCGCUGAGGUGCUGUACAAGCAGGAUGUGGAUUUGGGCUUCAGUUUGGACCAGGAGGCAAUCAUCAAUGCCUCCUAUGCCAGCGGCAACAGUGGAGCCACCAACGCCAAGUCGAAGCUCGAGGAUGAGGCCAAGUCCUCGGAUCCCUCGAUGUCGGACACCAGCGCCUCCAAGGACCCCAAUGUGAGCGCCGAGAACGAGGCGAGCGGCGCCUCUGCCGACGAUCUUGAGAAGUUGAAAGCUUUGGAGGAGCUUCAUCAAGAUAAGGAAAAGGACAAUGAGAAUCCCUUGGAAGACAUUACCAAUGAAUGGAACGGAAUACCCUUUACCAUCGAUAACGAAACUGGUGAAUACAUUCGCUUGCCCCUGGAUGAGUUGUUGAACGACGUACUCAAGCUCUCUGAAUUCCCGCUCGAAGACGAGUUAUCCAACGAUCCGGUGCCCUCGACUUCGCAGGCAGCAGCUGCUUUGAACGAGAACCAAGCACUAAGGAUUGUUUCGGAGACGGGUGAGGACUUCCUCAGUGGCGAAGGAGUUCCCAACAAGCAGCGUAAGGUCGGCGAGGAGGACAAGGACACCGAUCCGGAGAAGGGCGAAGGCGAAGGCGAUAGCUUCUCGGUGAGCGACUUCGAGGACCUGCAAAACUCCGUGGGCUCGCCCCUGUUUGACUUAGAUGAGGACGCCAAGAAGGAGCUAGACGAAAUGUUGCAAUCCACGGCUCCGCCCUACCACCAUCCCCAUCCGCACCACGGCCAUCCCCAUGCGCACCCCCACCCCCACAGCCACCACCAUGCAACGAUGCACCACGCCCAUGCCCACCAUGCCGCCGCAGCAGCCGCCGCCCACCAGCGAGCGGUGCAGCAGGCCAACUAUGGUGGCGGAGUAGGCAUGGGCGUAGGCGUGGGCAGCGGCACGGGCAGCGCCUUCCAGCGGCAGCCAGCUGCCGGCGGAUUCCAUCAUGGCCAUCACCAGGGCCGCAUGCCGCGUCUGAAUCGCAGCGUUUCGAUGGAGCGUCUUCAGGACUUUGCCACCUACUUCAGUCCCAUUCCGAGCAUGGUGGGCGGUGUGUCGGAUAUGUCGCCGUAUCCGCACCACUAUCCGAGCUACUCCUACCAGGCGAGUCCCUCGAACGGAGCCCCAGCUCCUGGCCAGCAUGGUCAGUAUGGCAGUGGCGCAGCGGCUCCCUUGCAGCCACCACCACCUCCGCCGCCGCCGCACCACGCGGCCAUGUUGCACCACCCGAAUGCGGCACUGGGCGACAUCUGCCCCACCGGCCAGCCCCAUUACGGCCACAAUCUUGGUUCGGCGGUCACCUCCAGCAUGCAUCUGACCAAUUCCAGUCACGAGGCCGAUAGCGCUGCUGCCGCAGCAGCCGCCUAUAAGGUGGAGCACGAUCUGAUGUACUAUGGGAACACCUCCUCGGAUAUUAACCAGACGGAUGGCUUCAUUAACUCUAUUUUCGCCGACGAGGAUCUGCACUUGAUGGACAUGAAUGAGAGCUUUUGUCGCAUGGUGGACAACAGCACUAGCAACAACUCCUCAGUUCUGGGACUGCCCAGCAGCGGACAUGUCAGCAACGGCUCCGGCAGCUCGGCUCAACUGGCGGCGGGAAAUCCGCACGGCAACCAAGUCAACGGAGCGGCCGGCGGCGUGGGCUCAAUGAGCGGCUCAGUUGUGGGCACUGGAGCAGCGGGCAUGACCGCCGAUCUAUUGGCCAGCGGCGGUGCAGGAGCACAGGGCGGUACGGAUCGCCUGGACGCGUCCAGCGACAGUGCUGUCAGUUCAAUGGGUUCGGAGCGAGUGCCAUCCCUCUCCGACGGCGAGUGGGGCGAGGGCAGCGACUCCGCCCAGGACUAUCAUCAGGGCAAAUACGGUGGUCCCUAUGACUUUAGCUACAAUAACAAUUCACGGCUCAGCACCGCCACACGUCAGCCUCCGGUGGCGCAGAAGAAGCAUCAGCUGUACGGCAAGCGGGAUCCCCACAAGCAGGCGCCCUCGGCUGUGCCACCCACAGCUCCGACAGCGGCUGCGACAGCAGUCCAAUCGCAGAGCAUCAAGUACGAGUACGAUGCUGGCUACGCUUCGUCGGGAAUGGCCAGCGGUGGCAUUGCCUCUGAACAAGGAGCGAUGGGACCGGCUCUAACCAAGGACUAUCAUCAUCACCAGGCCUAUGGCAUGGGAGCCAGUGGCAGCACCUUCUCCGGGGACUAUACAGUGCGACCCUCGCCUAGGACUUCGCAGGACCUGGUGCAACUCAAUCACACCUAUUCGCUGCCCCAGGGAAGUGGCUCGCUGCCCAGACCCCAAGUACGCGACAAGAAGCCGCUGGUGGCCGCUAAGACCGCUUCGAAGGGAACGAGUGCCGGCAGCAGCAGCAGUGCCGGCGGAAGCAGUGGCAGCUUGGAGGAUGAGCAUUUGACACGCGAUGAGAAGCGGGCCCGAUCCCUGAACAUACCCAUUUCGGUGCAGGACAUCAUUAACCUGCCCAUGGACGAGUUCAACGAGCGGUUGUCCAAGUAUGACCUCAGCGAGAACCAGUUGUCGCUGAUCCGGGACAUUCGUCGGCGGGGCAAGAACAAGGUGGCCGCCCAGAACUGUCGCAAACGCAAGCUCGACCAGAUAUUGACCCUCGAGGACGAGGUGCAUGCGGUGGUCAAGCGGAAGUCGCAGCUGACCCAGGAACGCGAUCAUUUGGAUAGCGAGCGCAAGCGCAUCUCGAACAAGUUUGCCAUGCUGCAUCGUCAUGUCUUCCAGUAUCUGCGUGAUCCUGAGGGCAAUCCCUGUUCGCCAUCGGACUACAGUCUGCAGCAGGCUGCCGAUGGCUCCGUUUACUUGCUGCCCCGGGAAAAGCCCGAGGGCAACAGCACGGCCACGUCUGCCUCAAGCGCAGUUUCGUCGGCCGGUGCAGGAAGUUUGAAUGGCCAUGUGCCCAGCCAGGCGCCCAUGCAUGGCCAUCACAGCCAGCACGGAAUGCAGGCGCAACAUGUGGGAAGCGGAAUGUCGCAGCAGCAGCAACAACAGCAGUCGAGGUUGCCGCCUCAUCUACAACAGCAACAGCAGCAGCAGCAGCAACAUCAUCUGCAGUCGCAGCAACAGCAACCGGGAGGUCAGCAGCAGCAGCAACAGCACCGCAAGGAAUGAAAAUACCUGUUGCGAAUGGCCGCAACUAAGAGUUGGUUCACUAACUUCCAGCGCGAGCAGCAGCAUCGAUCCGAGUGGCAGCAACAGCAGCAACAGCAGCAGCAGCAACAGUUCGAUUAUCACUACGACAUGUUGAACAACAGUUACCUGUACUACUGAGCGGCGUCUUGGUUAUUCUUCUUCUGUACUUAGUUGCAACGUGUUGCUGGCAACAUUUGUUGCACUUGCUGCUGGCGGCUCAUUAAAGCUGCAUCAUCCAUCACACCAAUCCUCCCAUUUAUGGUUUACUCAUUUAGUCAGCAUGAUUGUUAUUUAUUUUUUAAUUAAUUAAUUAUUUGGACUCGUCCAGAGUUCGUCUUGCAAGUUGUUGCCCCUUCCGGAGGCAGCAUGCAAAGCCUUUUACUUAAUUGCACAUACUAAAAACAAUACUUGUGAUAAAUAAUCAGUUCUUCAACUAUGAAUUCUUGGCGCCCGCAAAACGCAAGCUGACAGACAAAUGCACAGAAAGAAACAGAACCGAAACGAAUAUAAUCAAAUAUGCUUGAAAUGAAUUUGUAAAUCAGUAAAUAGCUCACAUUCACAAUCAAACAGACUCACCCAUUAAUAAUCAACGCAUAGUCCAACAAUAUUUGAUGAUGAAUCCGUUUACAUCUCUAUAAUAUUAGCUUGUAAAAUAUGAAAACACAAUGAUGGAUAGAGAAAAAUUGUAUAAAAUAGAUGAUAGGCAAUACACACACAAAUCGAUUGUAAAGGUUGAAAAAUAUUGCUGGACAUUUCAUGAAUUAUCCCCAUAAGACAUUUAGUUGUAAGUUACCAUCUAGUGAGAGAUCUACCACAGCGGUACAUAUUUGUAAAUCGUUCUAAAUACAUAAGGCAUUUAUCAAAAUCCCAUUCACAACAAACUAACACAAAUUAGCGUAUCAUUUCGAGCUAGCUCUUAGCAUCUGUAAAUACAUAACUUAAACUUAUCUUACAUUUAAUCAACCAGCGCUAAGCUACAGCAACUAAGAGUUUGCUAACACACCACAAAGAAACUAAAGAAAACACUAAAAAAAAAAAAGAAAGAAACGGAAACAAAAAACAAACAAAAACAAUUGCUCUUGCUAGGGCGGCCCUUUAACUGUCCUGGUUACGGUUUAGUCUAUAAGCGAUUAAGAGAUAUUAAUAUUUAAUAUUCUUAAACAUGUCCUACAGCAUAAAGAGUUUAACUUUAAAGUAAGCUACAGCUACGCGUAAUGAUAGUACAGAUAACACAGAUACGAUAUCAACUUAAACAGAUACGCUACGAAAACGAAACAAAAAUCUAUUGUUAAUAUAGGCAUAUGUAUUUUAAUUGUUGUAAUGAAUUUCGCGCACACUUGAAAGUCGAUUGUCGCAAGUCGAAAACGAAAAAUACGAAAUUCUAUUAAAAUGCGCAACUUCAAUAAAAGAAAUUAUUUGUUGUAAAUUGAAAUUGAUCUAAUUACCUACUAUUGUACUAAUACACCACGGACAUAAAAAAAUAUAUUAAAAGAAAUCCUUCGCAUAUUGUAUUAACAUACAUUUUGAUUAGAGGGGUGUGCAGAUACCAUCAAUGUCCAUAAAUGGCUACUAAAAGCUUGCCGGGAUUUCUGUGCACCCUUUGACCAAUCCUCUGUACUUGUAUGUCGCUAUAUAUUUGUGUAUGUUUCAUAUGAGAAAUUUGUAUGCUUUAAAAAUGAUAAACUUUUCCUCAGCUAAACAAAGAAAACGUCAAAAUUAAAGAAAAAACACUAAAAAAUACAA